AUGAAUUUUAGCCAAAAGCGAGGCAUUGAUUUAGGACUGAGCCGUGGCUUCUCUGGCAGUCAAGCGGCCAAACACUUGAUGGGAAUGUCGUCCGCGUCCUUCGCCAACGGCCCCGGAAGGAGACGC